ACGGACACAAUGUCAAGUGUAGUAACUAAAAAAAACGUAUGGCAAUAUUACGUAAAGUUAUCAGAUUACGACGCAAAAUGCAAAUUUUGCGAAAAUAAAUUUAUUUAUGUGUCCGAUAAUCAAUUUCGGAAUAAUCAUAUAAAAAUAAAGCAUAAAAUAAUAUUUGAUCAGGAAGAAGCAACAGGACGACAAGAAUGGCCAUGGAUAUUUUUCAAAUACGUGUACCGGCCUACGUUCUACGAUUUUCGUUCAGAAUGUCUUUUGUGUGGUGCAGAGAGAUUUUUCACCUAGAUUUCUAUUUUUAAUACAUCAUUUACACGAGCAUUCAAACAAAGAAGUGGAGGAUUACAAAAAUCACAGUUGGUUUUGGAAAUAUGGUAGAAAAAGUGAUGAUUUUGAAAUAAAGUGUAGUAUGUGUCCCCAAAUUAAAUACCGGUUGUUGUUGAACUGGACUUUAAAUACUCAUUUUGUAAAUACACAUUUGGACAAAUUAGAAAAUGUGCAAGAAACACUCGACAUAAUUCCUGCAUUAAAAUGCGAUUCAAAAGUUGCAGAAAUUAAAGAAAACAUGUGGGAAUAUUAUAACAAUAUUCAGGAUCAAGUAAACUGCAAAUUUUGCGAAUAUAACUGCUUUUACAUACACAGCACCUCAAAUUUUCGUGAACAUACACAUGAUUGGCAUACAAAAAUUCAUGAUUGGGAAAUAGAACACAAGAGACAGAUAUGGCCAUUUGCAUAUUUUAUGUAUUGUUAUCAAUAUAUUGGCGAUAAAGAGAUAAUGUAUUCAAAAUGUCUAAUUUGUCGUGACGUUUUUGCAUUUAAUGAUAAAUUAGCAGAAACUCACUUAAAAAACUUGCAUUCUGAAGAUAUAAAACGUUUCUCAAUCUAUGCACCAAAGAAUUGGAUAUUUAAAUAUUGUUAUCAAAAGGGUGAUAAGAUAAAGUGCAAUAUUUGUUACAAAAACACGUCUAUCCAGGUGUUAUCUGCUCCCCUUAAUCAUAUAAUUGAAGAGCAUUCGGAUAUAUUGCAGUGGAAUAUGACGCAAAAAUUGUGGCAAAAUUUCAUAAAUUUGCGGAAUUUUCAAGCUGGAUGCCGAUUUUGCAAUUUUCAAUCCUAUUACAUCGAUACGACAAACUUUAUUAAACACGUAAAAGAAGAGCAUAUUAAUGCAUAUAAUUACGAAGAAGCAAACGGGGAAGAAUGGCCGUUUAAGUUUUUCAAUUAUUAUAACUCAAUUGAAGUACAAUGUGCUCUUUGUAGUGUUAUUCAUGGAUCUACUGAUAAAUCUAAUUUGAUAAAACACAUGUGUGAAAAACAUUUUUCUGAGCAACCGGAUAACUUUCUCGACUACGGCUGGAUAUGGAAAUACUGUACAAAAUAUUUCAAUCGUCACAUUGAAGAUCGACAUCCGAACAGACUGACAAGUACACAGAGAACGUACGACAUAGCUGGACCAUCAGGAAGUCAACCAAACUGAAGGAAACAGGCGGCUGUAAACUUUAUUGAUAAUAUUGUUAAUAUCAUUAUAUAUAAAUAAUUUUAUACUUUUUUUGUAUCGCAUUUAAUUUACGCGUUAAACAUGUAACGAGUAAAGCAAGUGCCGCACAAUUUCCUUUUAACAAACAUUUAAAAACGUUUAUAUAGGUUUAUCCAGAGUUUAACAAUGGAAGUAACGGCGUUCAAGUAAAAUCACAAUCGGCGAUAAUGGCAUUCUCUUAAUUUUAUUGAUUUAAAUAAAAGUAGACGAGAAUAAUGGCUUAACUUUGAAAAUAGAUCUAUUUGAUAGAAUACAUGCUGUAACAGAUUGAAAACAAUUUAAA